AUGCCUUCCAGUGACCCUUUGCCACCGAAGGAAAGUGCCCUGUUCCGUAAGAUACUGAAAUGUUACGAAAUGAAACAAUACAAAAAUGGACUGAAACUGGCCAAGCAGAUACUCUCUAACCCGAAGUUCACCGAACACGGCGAAACACUAGCCAUGAAGGGUUUAACGCUAAACUGCCUCGGACGCAAAGACGAAGCGUACGAACACGUUCGCCGUGGAUUGCGGAACGAUCUGAAGUCGCACGUCUGCUGGCAUGUGUACGGAUUGCUGCAGCGAUCCGACAAGAAGUACGACGAAGCGAUCAAGUGCUACCGGAAUGCACUCAAAUGGGAGAAGGACAACAUUCAAAUAUUGCGUGAUCUGUCGCUGCUGCAGAUACAGAUGCGUGACCUAGAGGGCUAUCGGGAAACACGGCACCAGCUGUUCAAAUUACGACCAUCCCAGCACGCCAGCUGGAUUGGCUUUGCGAUGAGUUACCAUCUGCUCGGAGACUACGAAACCGCCAUGAACAUACUGGAAACGUUCCUCUCGUCACAAACUAUGGACACGUUUGAUUACAAGCAUAGUGAACUGUUGCUGUAUCAGAACAAUGUCAUCCAGGAAGCCGGGAAUUACGAGCAGGCACUGCAGCAUCUGAAGGACUGCGGGGCGCAGAUAUUGGACAAGUUGGCCGUGCAGGAAUCGAUGGGUACACUGUGCCUUAAGCUUGAGCGUUACGAGGAGGCGGUACCCAUCUAUAAAGAGCUGAUCGAACGAAACCCGGACAACACGGAGUAUUAUCGAAUGCUUAUGGAAGCUCGCAGGCUGUCCGAUACGACAGAUUUGAUCGAGGCGUACCGUGCGUUGCAGGAAGAGUAUCCGCAAUCGUUUUGCGCUCGGCGGCUCCCGCUCGACAUUGCAAACGGGGACACGUUCAAGACAUUAGCGGAUGAGCACUUGAGACGAAAUCUUCGGAAAGGCGUCCCACCGCUGUUCGUUAACCUGCGCUCUCUCUACCGUGAUCCGGAAAAGGUGAAAAUAGUCGGUAAACUGGUAGAGUGCUAUUAUCAAAAUUUAAUUAGUAGCGGAUACUUUUCUGCCGAAGACGCCGCUAACCCGGACGUACGGAAAGAACCGGCAUCGGCGCUCCUCUGGACGAUGUACUACCUCGCUCAGCAUUACGAUUAUUUGCGAGAAUCGGAAAAGGCACUGGACUUCAUCAAUGCCGCGAUUGAACAUACGCCCACAUUGAUCGAACUGUUUGUGACCAAGGGCCGGAUCUACAAGCAUGCGGGCGAUGUGCUGGAAGCGGUGAAGUGGCUGGACGAGGCACAAAGUCUUGACACGGCGGACCGGUACAUCAACUCCAAGUGCGCCAAGUAUAUGCUACGUGCCAAUCAGAUCAAGGAAGCGGAAGAGAUAUGCGCCAAGUUUACGCGCGAAGGUGUAUCGGCGAUGGAAAAUCUCAACGAAAUGCAGUGCAUGUGGUUCCAGACCGAGUGUGCACUUGCGUACCAGCGGCUCGAAAAAUGGGGUGAUGCGUUGAAGAAAUGCCACGAGAUCGAUCGGCACUUUUCCGAGAUCAUUGAGGAUCAGUUCGAUUUCCAUACCUACUGCAUGCGGAAGAUGACGUUGCGAUCUUACGUGGGUCUACUAAGGCUUGAAGAUAUUUUGCGAAGACAUCCAUUUUAUUUCAAAGCGGCUAAAUGUGCAAUUGAGGUUUACCUGCGUCUGUUCGAUAAACCUUUGGCCGCCGAGUCAGCCGUCGAAGAAUUGGAUAUAGAAAACUUGCCAGCGCCGGAGCUCAAAAAGCUGCGCAACAAGCAACGAAAAGCGCAGAAAAAGAAGGCGGAACAGGAGAAUGCUCAAUCGAAGGAGAAUCAGAAGAAGGAACAGCAUAACAAGAAGCAGCUUUACCAGGAUGGAGAUCCCGAGGCACCACAGCUGGACGAACUAAUACCGGAGAAGCUCGCCCGUCCAGACGAUCCGCUGGAGAAGGCAAUAGAAUUUCUGAAGCCAUUGCAACAGCUGGCCAAAGACAAUAUCGAGACGCAUCUGAUGGCGUUCGAGAUUUACCUGCGCCGUAACAAGCUGCUGUUGAUGUUACAAUCGCUGAAGCGCGCCCGAAAAAUCGACCCGAACAAUGCGCUCCUUCACAGCUGCAUCGUUCGGUUCUACCGGGUGUUGGAACAGCGCCUUGCAUCCACGGAUAAUGUUGUCGACCCAAGUGUUCGUAUCGUGAUCGAUCGAGAACGGGAAAAUUUGUUCCACGGUCAGCCAGACGCUAUUGCUUUAAAUGAUGCCUAUCUAAAAGCGAACCGCGAUAACUCGGAUGCUGUGUACGAAGUGGCAAAGAUAAUGUUCACUCUGGACGAGAAACGACGUGACGAAGCUAUCACCGCCAUGGGGGUCAUCGUAUUAAACCAAAAGGUUCCUUUGGAGAAAGCGACAAAACUAUUCCUGUUGCUUAAAUCAGGAUACUUUGGCCAGUGCGAUAAAGAACUGAAUGCAUUCAAGUUGAUUUGCCAGAAACGGUACCCACUGGCAGUGGUAUUUGCCGAUGUGACAGCAGCUCCUGUCACGACGCUGACAACGACUCAGUCGUCCAAUGCGGACAACACCCAGACUACGGUAACGGAUAGUGGUAGCUCUCGUUGCGUAGUGAUGUCUACCAGCGAACAGACGUUCGGCAAACAGGCGCUGGCUGACAAACCUUCGAAAAAGCAGAAAAACGGGCCCGAAAUUAAAGCGAACUAA